UGGACUAUUUUGUUGUUGACAGUACUUUUGAUUCCUUUGGAUGACUCUGUACGCAAGUUGUUGUGGAAAAAGAGUAGAGUAGAGUAGAGUAUAGAGGAAGCUCCCAUGAAGCUUGGCUUCGGGAUUGUAAAUCAGGCGAGGUGAUCAAUUGGCUCCGUGAUGCAUUAUCAAAUUGCAACUCAUGAGGCUUCAAACAAACAAAAAACAAGAGAUUGUAAAGCGAAAUUAAGGCAAAUUGAAAGGACAAUAUGCAAGCCGAAGAAUGGAGCAAGAAAUCAGCAGAAGGAAUUUGAGGAUUUGAUUGCUGAGAAUAGUCAAGUUAUUCAUUCAGACUUUGAUAUCAAGGACGAACUGGGAAUGGACUCUGGUUUGGAAGGAGAUGAUGAAGAGCUGGAUGGUUUGGGACUGGAUGACUUACUGGAUGAUCUGCUGCCAAAUGAAGUGACAAUUCCAAAGAAUUCUCUGAAUGUACAUCAAAACUUAAACACCAUGGCUAAAUUUCUGAUGAAAAUUGAAGAAGAUGUUGCAAGCAAUGUCGAUUUCCCGGACUUCAUGAUUUGCUUCAAUGGGGAGCAAAAGACAAUUGGAGCAUACAGUUUUCCGUUGUCUUUGGUCCCUACCGUGGAAAGAAUCAUCAAAGUUCAUGGUGAUGUUUCAGCUUCGAGUUCGGUGAAGAACUCGAAUAUUACGGGGAAAAUCUUUUUGUUUUUCUGUGCCACAAUCAGAGAGAUGGAAGAUCUAAAGCUCCAUGAAGUCACUGAGAAAAAGAUGCUGACAUGGAGAGAUGCCAUUAAGGAUGCUCUUCGAAUCAAUUUCAAGGUCGAGUUUGCAAUGUCCCACUUGAAGAAAAUCGCUCGAGCUUACUUUGGUGGCAUCGGAGCGCAAGUGUUGCAGACCAUCGACGACAAACUGGAUGCCUUGCAUAAGGAACGUGCCGAGGCAUUCAAGGGUUUUGAGGACUGUUUGACUAAUGUAAUGGACUUCCAUGGCCAACCUGUGAGCACUGGUUUAUUCCCCUGACUGAUCUUUCAGUACUCCCCAUGGCAACAGCAUGCUGCAUUUCUAGCUAUUUUAGGUGUUUUGGGUCGGUAACUUCUUUGAACAUUUUUUUAGUGAUUUGUGUGGUUAACGUAUAUGAGUAUUCAUGUAAGAGGUUAAGGCUGUCAUUUGGGAGUCUGAUUCGAGGCAUCUCGUCGUAUUGAAAAUGUCGUUAUAUGACUAGAUUAGUCAUAAAACGACAUUCUUAAUUUGGUUAGGUUUGGAUGCCUCGAACAAAACUCUCAAAUGGAACCAAAGUAAAACCUAUUUUUGAAUCCUAACUUAAAAAGUAUGAGUUUUUAGGUUAAGGGAUCAAGAAUACGUUUUGUACCUCAGUUGAAUGGAUUACUUGUAUUUUAUGUUUAGUAUUUGCUAGUUGAACCUGAGCUAUAUGUAAUAAUAAUGGUUUUUAAGUUUGC